AUGGAUCUCGACCGGGACCACCAGCCUCAGACUCAGACUCAGACUCAGACUACACCUCGGAAGCAGGACGCUCGUAGUCCGACCCCUCCACCGCACCGGUCCAGCCCCGCGACCGCAGACGCCGAUGUCUUCAAGUUGGCCGGCAACAAAUUUUUCAAGAGCGGUGACUACCCCCGCGCCAUCCAGGAAUACAACAAGGCCCUCGAGAUCGUUCCGAAUUCCUCCAUCUACCUGUCCAACCGCGCCGCUGCAAACCUCGCCGCCAACCGCUACCUCGAUGCUCUGCACGAUGCCGAACGCGCCCUUGAACUCGACCCGGCCAACCCUAAGAUCCUACACCGUCUGGCUCGCAUCCUGACGGGGCUGGGCCGUCCCGCCGACGCCCUCGAUGUGCUCGCCCGUGUCCAGCCGCCGGCCACCGCCACCGACCGCGCCCCCGCCGAGAAGAUGCGCCGCUUCGUCGAGCAGGCCCGUGAGACCCUGGCCCAGGAGCGCGGCGUCUCCAUGGCCCUCUUCUGCCUCGACCAGGCCCGCCAGGGCUUGGGCCAGGGCGUCAAGGAACCCCGCUCCUGGUCCCUGCUGACCGCCGAUGCCCACCUGCGCAUGGCCUCGGACACCUCGCUGGCCAAGGCCCAGGACAUCGCCAUGCGCCUCCUGCGGGACAACAGCCAGGACCCGGACGCCCUGCUCAUCCGCGCCCGCGCCUUCUACGCCCGCGGCGACACCGAGCAGGCCCUCAAGUCGCUGCGCCUCUGCCUCGGCCUCGACCCGGACAUGAAGCCCGCCCUGACCAUGCUGCGCACCGUCCAGAAGCUGACCCGCACCAAGGAGGAGGGCAACGCCGCCUUCAAGGCCCGCGACUACCCUCGCGCCGUCGAGCGCUACACCGCCGCCCUCGCCGUCGACCCGGCCAACAAGGACCAGAACGCCAAGAUCCUGCAGAACCGCGCCCAGGCCCACAUCCAACUGCAGGACUACGACCGCGCCGUCGCCGACUGCGACGAGGCCCUGCGCCUCGACCGUACCUACCUCAAGGCCCAGAAGAUGCGUGCCAAGGCCCACGCCGGCGCCGGCCGCUGGGACGACGCCCUUAACGACUACCGCGCCGUCGCCGAGGCCAACCCCACCGAGAAGGGCAUCCAGGAGGAUGUGCGCCGCGCAGAGUUCGAGCUCAAAAAGGCCCAGCGCAAGGACUACUACAAGAUCCUCGGCGUCGGCAAGGACGCCUCCGAAAACGAAAUCAAAAAGGCCUACCGCAAGCUGGCCAUCCAAUACCAUCCUGACAAAAACCGUGACGGCGAAGCCGGCGAUGAGAAAUUCAAGGAGAUUGGAGAAGCCUACGAAACCCUCAUUGAUCCUCAGAAACGCGCCGCAUAUGACAAUGGCGACGACCUCAUCGAUCCCUCUGAAAUGUUUGGCCGCGGCGGCUUCGGCGGCAUGGGAGGCAUGGGAGGCAUGGGCGGUAUGGGCGGUAUGGGCGGCGCCACGCACAUCAACAUCGACCCCAACAUCCUUUUCAACAUGAUGAACGGCGGCGGCGGCGGCGGUGGGUUCCAGCAGGCAGGCGGGAAUCCGUUCGGUUCUCGAGGGGGAUUCUCCGCCGGAGGGUUCCCAUUCUAG